AUGACUGAAUCAAGACCGCCCAAGCCUGCACCUAAACCGGGAAGAGUGACUGUUUAUCGAGCCUUGUAUGAUUACACAGCGCAAAAUGACAAAGAAUUGUCUUUCAAUGAAGGUGAUUUGUUGUAUGUUUCUGAUAGCAGUAAUGAUGCAAAAUGGUGGCCAGCACGUUGCAAAAAUCAGAGAGGUUUAAUUCCAGCAAAUUAUGUGAUGACAGCACAGUAUAUCGAACAUCCACUGCAUGAUGGAGCAAAACGAGGAAAUAUACAAGGUGUUAAAGAAUGUCUCGAUAAUGCGGUAUCAGUGAAUAGUUUGGAUAAAUCUGGUUCAACUCCAUUGUACUGGUCGAGUCAUGGUGGUCAUGUUGAAAUUGUCAAGUUAUUAUGCUCUAUACCCAGUAUGUGCAUUUCCGCGCAGAAUAAAAUUGGCGAUACAGCUUUGCAUGCGGCCGCAUGGAAGGGUCAUUUGGAAUGUGUGAGAAUAUUAUUGGAACACGGUGCAAGUACUACAAUACAUAAUAAUGAACGAAAGCGUCCAGUAGAUCUUGCAAGUGAUCCGGAAACACGAGCCUUAAUUCAGUUGGCAAUGCGUGAGGCGAUAGAUACAUGUGAUUUCCAGGAUGAUUAUAUUUCAGAAUCUGAGACAGAAAGUGAUGAUGUCUAG